AUGCCUGAAAGCACGCUCAUCGACGACCACGUCUCCCUACAACAGUGCAAGCGCGCGGUGGACGCACUACUGACCCAUGCGACUAAGUUCGAGGAGGCGAAGGCCGAAAGCGAGCUCCUGCCAGGCAAGGAGCAGAACGUCUGGCUGGUUGUGAACACCAAGGUUAUGCACCCGGAGAAGAAGCUGAAGCCUGCAAGGAUACCUGUCAAGUACCCGAUAGUUGACCCGCGCACGAGCCCGGUGUGCCUCAUCGUCAAGGAUCCGCAGCGGGAGUACAAAGACCUGAUCGCGAGCCAGGGCAUCAAAUUCAUCUCCCGCGUCGUAGACAUCCGGCACUUGAAGGGGAAGUGGAAGCCGUUUGAGGCGCGAAGACUGCUGCUCAAGGAGAACGGCUUAUUUCUCGCGGACGAGCGGGUCGUCCCUCUGCUCCCUAACCUCCUCGGGAAGAUCUUCUUCAAGGCAAAAAAGCAACCCAUCCCCGUAUGCGUCACGCGCAAAGACCUCAAGGGCGAGCUCGAGCGCGCCAUCUCCUCCACCUACUUCCACCAAAACCAGGGCACCUGCACCUCCGUGAAGAUCGGUACCGUCUCCCAAAAGCCCGCGCAGGUACUCACGAACCUCCAGACCGCGCUUCCCGAAGUCGUCAAACACAUCAAGGGCGGCUGGGACAACGUCCAGAGUUUCUUCCUCAAGACCAACUCCUCCGCCGCGCUCCCUAUCUGGCAGUGCGACCUCGGCACCGAGACCGGGGCGCGCUGGGAUGGACUCGUCGUGAGCGAGAAAGACGAGGACGAGGAUAUGGAUGAUGAUGAGGAGAGCGAUGAGGACGAGGACAUGAAGGUGGACGCGCCUGCCAAUGCCGGGGCUAAGGCUAAGGCUGCGGCGGUGGCGGCGGCCAAGGAGGCGGACCCGAAGGUCAAGGGGAAGAAGCGCGUCGCGGAGGAGGUCGAGGCCGAGAAGGAGAAGCCCAAGAAGAAACCAAAGGCGUCCGCCGACGAGGCUGCUCCUACCCCCGCGAAGGCAAAGGGCAAGGCCAUAGCUGCCCCCGCCGCUCCAGCUGUCGAGCCCGCCCCUCCGACGUCCGAGCCCGCGAAGAAGAAGCGUCGCAAGUCCACCGCCGAAGCCGAGCCGGCGCCCGCCGUUGCUCCUGCCCCCGCGUCAAAGCCUGCAGUCGCCGCCCCCACCGACACCGCGCCAGAAAAGAAGAAACGGAGAAAGUCACAAGCCGCCUCAGAACCUCCUGCCGUCGUCUCCGGGCCCGCAGCUGCACCCGCUCAGCCGGCGCCCGCCGCUGAAGCCGACGCCCCCCUCCCCCGAAGAAAGAGAAGCGCAAGAAAGCCCGCGCCUCUCUCUCCGAAGCGUCUUCUACCCCUGCCUCCGCUCCUGCUGUGACCGAGUCCCCCGCCCCCACGACGCCCGCCGCACAGAAGAAGAAACGCCGCGCGUCCGCCGUGGACCUCUUCGACUCCCCCGCCGCCGCCCCUCCCGCCGCCACCGCCGCCGCCACCCCAGCCGCACGCGCCGUCCCCGCAAACCCGCCCAACACCCCCGCCGACGGCCUCGCCGGGGAGACCCCUGCGAAGCGCAAGAAGCGGACCAAGGGCGCGGGCGCGGUCGCAGACACCCCCGUGACGAGCGCGAUCGCGAAGCUCUCUGCCGCCCCCGCGGACGCCGCGGGAGCUGGCGAGGGCGAGGGCGAGAGCGUCGGGGAGACUCCCAGCGGGAAGAAGCCGCGGCGGAAAAAGUCGAAGGCCGCGCUCGCUGGCGCUGCUGAGGACGCGCCCGCGCCCGCUGUCGAGGCCGCAACGCCCGCUCACGCUCCCGCAGCUGCAAUUGCAGCUGCCGACGAUGCGGCGGGGGGCGCAGCACCAGAGAAGAAAAGGAAGCGGAAGCACAAGGACGCCUCCGCCGUUGUAGCGAGCGAGCCGGCGCCGGCGACGCCCUCGCUGAGCGCGGAGGAGCUGAAGCAGAAGAAGCUUGCGGCGUCGGGCGUUGAGAGGAAGAAGGAGAAGGUGCUCGCAGGCAAGGCGGGCGCGGGGAAGGGCGCGAAGGCGGGGGUCGUGGGCAAGGCGAAGAAGCUCUGAGUCGAGUCGAGUCGAGUCGAGUCGGGCUUGGUGGCGAGGUGAGCUUGUUGUCGAGUUGUCGCCUGAUGUUCGCUGGGUGUAUGCGCCAUGUACGGGUUCGUAGGACAUGCGCUUGUGUGCGUUGUGAAUCUGAGUUGUUCCAGACCUGGCUCGAUCGGUUUGUUGUUACGAUGGCAUUGCACUGAGAUAGUUUGUACUGCAGACGAUAUGCGUAGGGGUUUGUGGGAGGGAGCGGAUAGGAAUGAGCGAUAGACGAGACGCGAACAGAUGAGCAGGAAGAUGGGCAGAGGAGAUGCAUGCAUGGUCGAUGAAUAAAGAACAGUUCGUGGGUGCGAAUGCGAGAAAUGCAAGAGUCACGAUGGGCGCGAAGCGGUAUACGUAUGUACACAGUACAGAGUUCGUGAAUGGCGUGAAUGGGCGUGAGCAGAGAAACAGACAGCAUAAAGUAGAGGAGCAGACGGCUAGUAGUACAGACACAUGAACGAAUGCGAGAUGCGUACUCAGAUGCAUAGCGAUCGAAAGCAAAUGCCGGCCUCAUCCCGGCUCCCGGGUACCGACGUCCGAGGCCAAAGUCUCUCCCAUCUUCGACUUGUGGGUAUCCGCACGGCCAGAGCGAGCCAGUCGUGCCUGGGUUGGCCGACAGCCCCGCGCGCACAAUGCGUGGACACUGCGUGGCAUGUAGCGUCCACACCCAGCGUGCCAUCGCUGGCUUCGAGCUCAGUGCCACACCCAAGGGUCCCGGUACUCCUUCUUGAACACGCGCGUGACCGUGCCGCACGAGUCGCACGCGCGCGGCGCGGGCUCGUACACGUCGCUCGGGUACGGCCGCCCGCCGAGGGCGUCGGGGUCCGGGUGGCGGUCGCCGGCGUAGGGGCGGCCGCGGCCGUUGGAGUGGUACCAGCGGGGCUCCAUCUGGCAGUAGCGCUUGCCGAAGUUGGCGUUCGGGCAGUAGCACGUCCCUCUCGAGUGGUGGGACUCGCAUGAGCCACACGCCUGGUAACCGCACUCCCUGCACAUCGCGAGGCGGCGGCCCUCGCCGACCUGGGCGUUGCACCCCGUGCAGAUGCCCUCGGGCGGCCGCUUGGGGCGGGUCAUCGCGAUGCGGACGUCCAUCUCGUGGAGCUUCUGGUGGAUCUUGCACUCGCGCUGGUGAUUGCGCCAGCCCGCGUUCUGGCACCUCUUGGAGCAGUAGCGCGUGGUCUUGCAGGCGGAACAUGCGUAGGGAGCCUCGGCGGUGCAGACCUCGCAGAAGGCGUAGCCACAGCGGUCGUCGUCGAGAGGCGGCGGGGGGUCGGGCAUGAAGAUGGCGGCGAGGGUGAAGAUGACCAUGGCACCGGCGAAGGUGGAGACGGAGAGGAGGAAC